AUGUUGGAUUUUGCUAUAUUUGCUGUGACCUUUAUAGUCGUUUUGGUCGGCGCAAUUGUGUAUUUGUAUCCGUCAUCCAGAAGAUCAUCAGACAUACCAGGUCUAAACCCCACAGAUGAAAAAGAUGGCAACUUGCAAGACAUUGUCAAUCGAGGCAGUAUGCAUGAAUUCUUGGAGGUGUUACAUCAGGAGUUUGGGUCAGUGGCAUCGUUCUGGUUUGGUCGGCGGCUGGUGGUAAGUCUGGGCUCCGUUAACCAGCUGCAGCAACACAUCAACCCAAACCACACAACUGACUCGUUUGAGACCAUGCUGAAAUCGUUGCUGAGUUACCAGUCCGGAACAGCUGGUGGGGUCAACGAGGCUGUCAUUAGAAAAAAGUUAUAUGACACCGCCAUCAAUGACACUCUAAAGAACAACUUUUCAUUGGUUGUCAAGUUAGUCGAGGAGCUGGUUGGAAAGUGGGUAUCAUUCCCUGAGGCUCAGCACAUACCACUAUGCGCUCACCUGUUGGGUCUCUCCAUGAAGACCAUCACUCAGCUUGCCCUUGGCGAACACUUCAAAGAUGACGCUCAAGUCAUAUCCUUCCGCAAGAAUCAUGACGUGAUCUGGUCAGAAAUUGGGAAAGGCUACUUAGAUGGCUCCCAGGAGAAAAGCUCCAGCAGGAAGAUGCAGUAUGCAACCGCUCUGUCAGAGAUGGAGUCUGUGUUGUUGUCUGUAGCCAAGGAGAGAAAAGCCAAUAAGAAGCAGAUGGUGUUUGUGGACUCACUGCUUAUGUCUGCUCUCACUGAGCGACAGGUAUUGGAGGACUGUAUGGUGUUCACUUUGGCAGGAAGUGUCAUCACUGCCAACUUGUGUAUCUGGGCUCUUUACUUCCUUUCAAACUCAGAGGAAGUCCAAGAGAAGUUGUAUCAAGAGCUGGAAGACGUUUUGGGCUCCGAUCCUAUUUCAUUAAACAAGAUCCCUGAACUCAAAUACUGCCAGCAAGUCUUGAAUGAGACAGUAAGAACUGCAAAGUUGACACCCAUUGCCGCCCGACUUCAGGAAUUGGAUGGAAAAGUUGAUCAGCAUGUCAUUCCCAAAGAAACCCUUGUGAUCUACGCUUUGGGUGUUGUGCUGCAAGAUUCCAACACCUGGCGAGAAGCAAGCAGGUUUGACCCUGAUCGGUUUGAGGACGAGUCAACCCGAAAGUGUUUCUGUCUGCUGGGUUUCUCUGGGAAUCAGACAUGUCCAGAGCUAAGAUUUGCAUACACAGUAGCUACUGUCCUGCUCAGCACAUUAGUGCGGGAACUGAGGCUUCAUCGGUUGGAAGGUCAAGUCCUGGAGGUCAGAUCAGAACUGGUUUCAGCACCAAAGGAUGAAACCUGGAUCACCAUCAGCAAUCGAAGCUCAGAUUAA